AUGAAUGAAGUUAUUUUAGAGCAAGAAACUGAUUCUGGAUUAAUUAAAGAUAGUACUGAAAUAAAUUCUUCACUGAAAAGUGAGAAAGCAGAAAUGAAGUUAAUUGUAUGUCCCAAAUGUGAUGCCCAUUUUGAAAAGAGAGCUGAAUUGGCACUGCACUUUAAACAAUUUCAUCUGAAAAAAAGAGGACGUCCAGCUGUACCAGUGGAGUGCAACUUAUGUCAAAAGAAAUUCUCCUGUAAAAAGGAUUAUGCUAUUCAUUUCCGAGAUCAUUCUACAAAACCAUAUGCAUGUCCGUCUUGUAAAAAAAUGUGCUUUUUAAAUGUUCCACAUUCAUGUAAAAAGGUAAAAUAUGAAAAAUCUAAACGUAGUGUAUGGGAGGCUUGUAAGAAAGUAUUAACUGAUAAGUCUUUUCAACAAGCACCUUCUGAAGACUCAAAAUAUUUUGUACCAAAACUUCCUAUUUCGAAAAAAGUUGUGUUCAUGAAUACUUUUCAAAAUCAAAUGAUUUUUAAAAAUUUGAAAAUUUCUUCAGACAAUGCAUUGAUUGCAAAUUUUGUACCUCACCUAAAGGGAAAUAAAAUAACAAAUAAUAGCAUUGUGAAUAAUAUCAGUUGUGAUCAAAAUUCUGUCGAGCAAUUAUUUAGCGAAUGUAAAAAUAUGCAUGACCUACAAUUGGAUAAUCUGAUGAAUUUUCAAACUGCAGCAACAAAUGUGACUGAAAUGAACAACUCAGAAUUUUUUUGUAAUAUAUGUGAUAUAUCUUUUAAAGAGAUGGAAAAAUAUGAAGCUCAUUAUUCUACUCAUUUAUGCGAUGAAUUUUGUCAAAUAAGAGAAGGUGAUGAAGAGUUACAUGUAUGCAAUGUCUGUGGUAAAUGUUUCACAGAAUUAAAUGCAUUCCAAGCACAUGAGUUUACUCAUGUUAAUAAAAAUGAUCUGCUAUAA